AUGGGUACCGCCCCUGAGAAAUCAGAGCAAGAAUUGUUGAAAGAGUUGACUGAGUUCGAUGAAACUAAGGUCGGAGUCAAAGGCCUUGUCGAUUCCGGCAUCGCAAAAAUCCCAAACAUUUUCGUUUUUCCAAAGCGAAAUCAAGAAAGCCGCAACAACAACAAAAGCAGCAAUGUUAAUGACCCGUGUCAGCUUCCGAUCAUAGAUUUUGAUGGCAUUGAGAAGAACAGGCAAAGCAGGAGAGAAACUGUUGAACAAAUACGCCAGGCAAUGGAGAAAUGGGGAUUCUUCCAGAUGGUUAAUCACGGAGUUCCUGUAAAUUCACUAAACGGGUUGCUGAGAAGCAUCAAGGAGUUUCACGAACAACCUGAGGAAGUGAGGAAAGGAUAUUAUUCCAGGGAUCAUACCAAGAAAAUCAAGUAUUACACCACCGGUGAUAUGUAUCAGACUAAAGCUGCCCAAUGGAGAGAUACUCUGUCUUUGGAUUUCGAUGACUCCGACAAUUUGGAUCUCCACAGCUUGCCUGAACUUUGCAGAGAUGGAAUUGAAGAGUACAUAUACUGCUUGACUGGAGUGAGAAACCAGCUAUCGGAAUUGUUGUCCGAAGCACUUGGAUUGGAGAAAGACCAUCUGGGAAACAUGGAAUGCUUUGAAAUCCGACGACUUCUUUGCCAUUAUUAUCCACCUUGCCCUGAACCCGACUUGACGUUGGGUAUCAUGAAGCAUUCCGACCCGUAUUAUCUCACAAUCCUCUUGCAAGAUUCCAUUGGCGGGUUCCAGGUUUUCCAUAAGAAUCAAUGGCUGGAUGUACCGCCCAUCGAAGGUUCCCUGCUCGUCAACGCCGGAGAUUUGUUGCAGCUUGUAACUAAUGACAAAUUCAAAAGCGUUGAACACAGAGUGAUAGCAGGGAGAACUGGUCCGAGGAUUUCUGCAGCAUGCUUUAUGUACCCAGAUGUUGAUAAUCAAUUCAAACCAUUUGGACCGAUUAAGGAGCUUUUAUCGGAGACAAAUCCAGCAAAGUAUAGAGAAACCAGCAUCAUAGAUUAUCUGCGUUAUUAUGCUGGUAAAGGUCUGGACGGUGUCAAAUCUCUGCCCCAUUUCCAGUUGAUUCCAGCAGAAAAGUAG